GUCCGCCAAGCUCUCUCUGUCGGCGGAUUGUUGUUGUCAUCAAGAUGGAGUUUUUGCUGGGGAAUCCGUACAGCACUCCCGUUGGCCAGUGCAUUGAAAAAGCCACGGAUGGCUCCCUGCAGAAUGAAGACUGGACACUUAACUUGGAGAUCUGUGACAUCAUUAAUGAGACCGAGGAAGGGCCUAAAGAUGCCAUGCGUGCGGUGAAAAAGAGGCUCAACGGCAACAGGAACUUCCGUGAAGUGAUGCUGGCUCUAACCGUGCUGGAGACUUGCGUGAAAAACUGUGGCCACCGUUUUCACGUCCACGUCGCCAAUAGAGAUUUCAUCGAAGGUGUCUUGGUGAAGAUCAUCACUCCGAAGACCAACCCUCCUGCUAUAGUACAGGAGAAAGUGCUGUCACUGAUUCAGGCUUGGGCAGAUGCAUUCAGGAGCAGCCCAGACCUCACCGGAGUCGUGCACAUUUACGAGGAGCUGAAGAGGAAAGGAGUUGAGUUCCCCAUGGCAGACCUGGAUGCUUUGUCACCCAUCCACACACCACAGCGGGGAGUCCCAGAGGUAGAUCCAGGCACACACAAGUACAGCGCGCCUGCUCAGCCCAAUACAGCAUCCCAAAUGGGCCCUAGACCUGCAGCUGCUGCAACAGCUGACUUAUACCCCGCCCAGAUCCCACCCGUAUCGGGACCCAUCACAGCAAACCCAGAGCAGAUCGCAAGGCUGAGAAGUGAGCUGGACAUCGUGCGCGGGAAUGUUAAAGUGAUGUCGGAGAUGCUGACCGAGAUGGUGCCGGGCCAAGAAGACACCUCCGAUCUCGAGCUACUCCAGGAGCUGAACAGGACGUGUCGAGCCAUGCAGCACAGGGUAGUGGAGCUCAUCUCUCGCGUGUCUAACGAAGAGGUCACUGAAGAGCUGCUACAUGUCAACGAUGAUUUAAACAACAUCUUCCUACGCUACGAGAGGUAUGAGAGAUACAGAGUAGGCAGAGCAGCACAAAACAACGGGGUCCUGAAUGAGGCUUCAGAAGGGGAUAAUCUCAUAGAUUUGGACCCCGCUUCUCCAGCUGUGGUCACUCCUCGGGUCAGCACAACACCCACUCGUACACCCACAUCCACCCUGCAGCCUCCUUCUGCUCCUCCUGCUGCUGCUGCUGCGUCUCUCUCCACACAGCUGGCAGGACUUGAAGUGGGUGCGGACAGCGUCAGCAGCACUCUCAGCUCUCUGAGCGCUCACAACCCUCAGGACGACUUUGACAUGUUCGCCCACACCAGGUCCAGCUCUCUAGCUGACCAGCGCAAGAACGUUAAAUAUGAGGAACCUCAGGCUCUGGUGAGCCUGGCGUCUGCUUUGGAUAUCAGACAGCAAAAUGCCACUGGGCUGAAUGUUAAAGGUCCUAACGCUGAGUUGGAGCCCAUAGACAGCUGGCUCAUUACCCAAGGAAUGAUCCCCGUAUCGCAGUCCUCUGUCAUGGAUGACAUUGAGGAGUGGCUCUGUGCUGAUGUGAAGGGUGAAGAGGCAGAGGAAGGAGUCACGAGUGAAGACUUCGACAAGUUCUUAGAGGAGCGGGCCAAAGCCGCAGACCAGGCUCCACCGCUGGCCGCCGCUGCCGCCACCGGAGAGCCCAGACCUCUAGUGAGCGCAUCUAGCAGCAACCGCAGGAGGACACAGCAGACGGAGGACAAUCUCUUUGCCUUGUAGAACAGUGACGGGACAGAUGCUCUCGCUGGUGACCACAUUCCCUCCAGCACUCCACCUGUUCCUAUACAAACCUACUGAUGUUAUACGGCAGCAAGACCCCUGACUAAUACCACCCCAAUCCCCCCCCGCCUGAUAGAGCACUGUGAGAAUCCAGCUUCAUAACCGCAGGCUUUGAGCUGAACGACGCCGUCAAGCGAUGGCUUAAGCAAACAUGUAGCCAAAAUGAUUCUCUUUAGAGAGCUCGCUUCUGUCAUUCCUGUCAAAUAAUAUUUGAAUAGAGCUGAUUGGUUUGGUAUUUAUCGUCCAUUAAUGAACUAACGCUCUUAAAGUUUGUCAUUCCAUGAGGUGAGGUAUUCAUGAGGGUCAGUUCUUCUCAGUCAGCUGUGGAUUGUGAUUCAAACUGUUUCUGUGGUAAAUAGAGCAAGAAAAUAUUAGAUCUUAAUCAGGCGUAGGAGCACAUAGACAGUGGGUCGUCAUGUUUAUGAGGCUCUGGUGAAGAAAAGUGGCUAUAUUCUUGUAAUCAUCACGUGCGGAUUACCAAAGACAGAAGAAGAAACGUGUUUUCCAUCGAUAAAGGUUUUUGUAAAAAUAUGUUGAGGAAAGUUUCCAAAGAGUUGAGAUUUGCUGAGCCAUUGCCAUUUUACAAUUUUAAAGGCAUUUUAAAGCGUAGAUCAGAUGUCUGCAUAUACAGUUUAUUGAUCCAAAUAUACAAAACAUUUGAAAAAAUGCAUCCUAAUUUUGGUUAUGAUGUAGGAUUUACUGGAACAGGCGUGUUUAAAAACAAACGUCAUAUUUCAUCCCAAAAUCAAAAGAAUUAUUUUGAUUUCUACAAAACUGUUUUCAACAUUGAUAAUAAUAAUAAUAAUAAUAAUAAAUAUUUUCCAGCUAUUUUCAAAACUUUUCAACAUUGAUGAUAAUAAUAAUAAUAAAUAUGUUCCAUCUGUUUUCAAAACAGUUUUCAACAUUAAUAAGAAUAAUAAUAAAUAGAUAUUUUCAAUUCUUUUCCAAACCUUUUUCAACAUUAAUAAUAAUAAUAUAUUAUUAUUACCAUCAAUGUUGAAAACAGUUUUGUAGAAACUGUGGUUAUUAUUAUUAUUAUUUUUUAAAUUAGCAUGAUUUCUGAAGAAAUAAAUAACAUUUUGAAAUGUAUUCAAAUAAAAUAAAAAUGAAAAGUUAUUUUAAAUUGUAAUGAUAUUUCAUAAAUUACUGUUUUAUUGUAUUUUUUUAAUCAAAUAUAUGUGGACUUUUGAGUGUAAGGGACAUCUUUCAAAAACAUCAAAAUAAUAAUAUACAAAAUUAAUCAAACCUCAAAGUCAUACUUUUACAGAUUUUUACACCACCAGUAUUUACACUUUUCAGAGCAAUUUAUCUACAAAAAACAUAUUUAUAAUUUAUUCAUACUUAACUUCCAGCUUACCUACAGACUCCACAUAUUUAAACUGAUAGAGGAAAACAAUUAGGCUUCAUUUGCUUGAUACAAUAUAUCAUUUCAGAAAUUUCUUGUUUUUGGGGAAUAUGAAAUAUGACAGACAUGUCUUCAUAAAUUUCGCCCUCUUUCUGCAUCUUUCUGUCAGAUUCCUGUUUAAGGAUUGAUUUCACUUAGCAAAAAUUGCCAGAUUUGGCAGUGAAGUUAGGAAAUGAAUUGAUAUUUUGCUUUGUCCUAAUUCUUGCUAGACCUAACCAAGAAUUAUAUUAGCCUAAUGGUGUUUGUAAAAUAUGUAUCCAUGCGUAUACAAAAAAUGUGUAUAUACAAUAGAAAAGUGUGUAUAGUACUUAAAGUUUGUAUUAACUUUGGUUUAAAAAAUCUAAAUGUUUAAUUACGUCCCUCUUUUUUAGUUUUGUCAUGAAAGAUUUUAUGGCGUGUGAUUUCAGGGCUUUGCAGGAUCACCAGUGGUUUUCAUUCCAGUGCGUUUACAGUCACUAACAGCUGUACUGUACACCUCUAUUUGAAUCUUGCUAAAUGUUGCACUGCUCUCUUCCCAACAACCUGAGGAAGAUGUUCACUUCAGUCUUAUAUGUAUAUAAAGUAACUGCAGCUAGAUCAAGCAUCAAGCAUUUUAAACUCGCAAACCUCAAUUGUUAAGCAUCUAAUGAUGGGAAGGGCUUAAUUUUUGUUGCCAGUUAUACUAACAAACCUCCAUCACUCCCCCUAAAUCAGCAGAUAAACAUGUAAAACACUGGAGGGCCGUGUGCUUUACUUGAAUAUAAGGCACAAGUCAGUGUGGUUUUGAAUGAAAUGAAAUUGCAGCACGUUCAGGAAUCAUUAAUGGCCUGAUUUCUUAGCCAAGGUCAUUUGAAAGAUAGCUAUUUGUUAUGCCAUAAAAAACUGCAAUAUCUCUUUUGUUUCCAGCCUUUUAAUUACUUGUAAGAAGGAAAGUGUGAUACCUGUUAGUAAUAUCUGCUUGUUCUAAAGAGUUCUGCUUUCAUCCUUUGGCAAUCAUUGUUUGUAUUAACUUCUUGAAUGUUGCCAUGUGAUAUUAAAAGUCUUGACUAUUUUGAUUAUUUAUCUCAUAAUGUCCUAAUUGUAUUUUAGAAUAAUGAAAUGUAAUACAUUUUCCUAUUGUCAGAUUCAUUGUUUAAUCCAAACUAUUUUAUUAAAGUGAUUCAUUUGCUUAAUGCAAA